CCUCCCAAGAGCUCUCGACACCGGCCCGACAGGUUUGGGUUGUGCGUUGUAACCAACACGUCCGGCUAGGACUCGGCCGCGGUGGACGAGGGUGCGUUAGCGGAUCGGUGUUGGACGUUCUCCCCGGUGCCUGACCAUGUUUAAGUGCGGGCUCGCCUUCCCCCGCUGCCGCUGGAUUCUGCCCCUGCUGCUGCUACUGGCCAUUAUCUUCGACAUUAUCGCGCUGGCGGCCGAAUCCGGCUGGGUGAACUCCAAGUAUCACUAUGCGUCCCUGUGGUACCAGUACCGCGGCCGGGAGCCCAAGUGGGAACCCAGCUCCCUCAUGGAAUACGGCUGGGCACAGACAACCGCCGCCCUGAUGAUUAUUGGCUGUAUACUGUUGAUCAUUUGCUUCAUUCUGUCCAUCCUGGCCUUGUGUAAAGAGCAACCAGGCCUGCUGAGACUGAUUGGAUUCCUCCUCUUCAUUGCUGUCCUGGUCCAGUUCAUCGGUCUGGUCACCUACCCGGUCAAGUUCACCGAUGUCCUGAUCCAAAGCGGCUCCUACGAGUACAGCUGGAGCUACGGGCUGGGCUGGGGCGCCACCAUCCUGAUGAUCGGGUGUGGAAUCUUCUUCUGCUGCCUUCCCAAGUACGAGGACGAACUGUACGGUCUGACCAAGCCUUACUACAUCUACGAGAGCGCCUGAUUAUGGCCGGCAAUAAGGACUUGCUUCCAAGUCACUCUGCUGGACGUCGAUGCCUUGUUCCUGUGUCCGUGGGCUCUUUCAAAAUGCAAAACAAAGACUUUAAGAUUCUUGCACAUUUUAUUAGCCAUAGCAACUGAAUCUCACUUGUAUAUUAAGGUAGUUCGCUUCAAGUAGGUGGGUGUGAGGAGAAACAAGGCAAAUGGAAACUUAAUGUUGAGGGAGAUAACAAAUGUAACAUUUAACACCAAAUGCAAUCGGUAUCUUGGCUGAACCUAAAUAUUGAACUUGUACCCUCUGUCUCUUCCCCUUCUGGCAUCUACUUCAAGUAAAUAUGCAUUACGGUCUGGAAUUGGAGUGCUGUAACAGUUGGUAGCAGGAGAAUUUGGAUUUUGGGGGAGGUGAGAGAUUAUUGUAAUAUAAAUACUAUGGAUUGGGAUAUAAUGGGGAUUAUCACAGUGAGAAAGUGCAGAGUGGAUUCAUUUUUAAAAGACCUAAUAUAUGUAUUGGAUGAUGAAUACUGAUGCUUUAUAUGUUUAAAUGACCAAAAGGAAUUUGUGUUACUCAUUCAAUUUUGGGGCCGGGGAGAAAGUUUCUUAAAGUCGUAUUGUACAAAAAGAACUAGCAUUUUAUUAAACAGUCUACAAAUUA